UGAAGGACGUUGAUCGAUCACCGUGGAGGCAAGAUCAGAUGGGGAAGAAGAUUAUUGACGUUAAUUAUAAAACUAAGCCUUUGGUGGCUCAGAUCGUCGUCUUCCUUCAUCGAUCUCGUCGUGAAUUAAUUGCAGUCCUUCAAGGAAACCAGCACCGGCCAUGGCGGAAAAGACCGCCGCCGCCGGGGCGGCAAUACCGUUCAACAUGUCCCUCUUCUCGGCGUCAAUGUCGCUGACGUGUGAUUAUUUAGCUUCUUCGUGAAUUCCAAAGGUUUGAUCCGCAACGAUGAUCCCUUGAGGCAUACUCUUCCGCUCCUUAUGCUCCAGCUCGGCGCUGUUACUCUCGUCUCUGCGACCAUGGAACGCCUCUUGAAGCCAUUGAAGCAGCCCAGAUUUGUUUCAGAGAUUCUGGGAAUGAUGUUUGCAGACUGGAAUUCUUUUGGGGCCUUCAGUUUUUGGGUAUUUUGGAGUAGGAACCUUCUAUGCAAGCUUGUUCGAUCAGAAGCAGCAGAUGAUAAUGGACGUUUUAGAACUGUUUAGCUUCGCCUACAUGGUGUUUCUAAUCGGACUGAGGACGGAUAUGAGCGUGAUUUGGGGGUCCGGGAGGCUUUCUUGGAUAAUCGGCUUCACAACGUUCGUUCUUUCAGUCGGGAUCACAAUUCCAUGGGCUCACUUCGUCGGGAAAAAGUUGAAGGAUCACUUGAUCCCCGGCGAACUCAACACCAUGUCCAUUCUCGAAGCCACAUCCUCCUUUCAGGUCACAUCUCUUCUCCUGGAAGACCUCAAGCUUCUGAAUUCAGAAAUCGGGCGCUUGGCGCUAUCUUGCUCCUUGAUUAGCAACAUGCUGGGCUUGAUGUUCAAAACCGCCUCGGCUGCCAUCACCAAGACCAUUUAUCUCAAUGUCCAUGUCUUGACUACCGUGAAAGAAGAGCUCUCGAGGGUUGCGAUUCUGGUUUUGAUGGCGUUUCUGAUCCGACCGUGCAUGUCCUGGUACACGAAGAGUAUCCCCGAAGGAAGAACCAUAAAGGAAUCGCAUCUGGUGGUGAUAAGCCUUAUGUUCUUCGGAAUUGGAUUGGCGAGUGAAAUAAUAGGUUCGCAAGCGUACUUCGGCGCUAUAUUCUUAGGCUUUACGAUUCCGGCGGGGCCACCGCUGGCGUCGGGCAUUUCCGAGAAGCUCAGGUUCUUCGUUCAGUCUCUUUUGUUGCCGUCUUACAUCGUGGAAGUGGGCCGGCGAAUCAAUAUUAAUGCCAUUCACCUGAAGACUUUUAGCUAUGUGCAAUUGAUCGUCCUCGCCGCCUACGUUUGCAAGCUUGUGGCAUCUAUGGUGCCUGCUCGCCUCCUCAGGAUGCCCCAUGCAGAUUCUCUAUCGCUUGGCCUUAUCUUGAGCUCCCAAGGGUUUUUCGAUGUCAUGCUUUUCAAGCGAUUCUUCCGCAUCGGGUUGAUGAGCGAAGAGUUCUACUCCAUUCUGACUAUCACGGCGCUGGCGUACGCAGCCCUCUUCACUCCCUUAAUCAGCUACCUCUACGAUCCUUCUAGAAGGUACGUAAACUAUCGGAGGAGGACUUUGCAACACAGCAAGCGCCUCACUGAGCUCCGAGUUGUCGCCUGCGUCCACGAAGAAGAAUCCAUCUUCAGCCUGAUGAAUCUGCUCCUCGCCUGCUACCCGACCCGAGAAAUGCCCAUGUGGAUCUACGUCCUUGACCUCAGGAAGCUCGACGGCCGCGAGCACCCACUCCUCAUCAACCACCAGAACCACAAGCGCAUAUCAUCGAACCGAACCCGAACCGAUCGCAUCAUCAGCGCCUUCCGCGACCUCGAAGACCAAGGCUGGGUCCGGAACCAGUACUACACCACCUUCACGCCCUACGCCUCCAUGCACGAUGACAUCUGCACCUUGGCUCUGCAGAAGAGCACGUCGCUGCUGAUCAUUCCGUUUUACAGGUCGGAGAGCAGCUCCGAGAGAGAAGUGAAGAGGAAUGUGCUUGACAAGGCGCCCUGCUCCGUCGGAAUCCUGGUCGACAAGGGGAUUGUCACGUAUUCUCGAAACCGCUCCCUCAUUGACUCGGCUUUCCAUGUCUGUGUUGUCUUCUUCGGCGGGCCGGAUUCUCGGGAGGCGCUGGCGUGCGGCGUUCGGAUGGCGGAGAAUCCCAGGACUAGUCUCACGGUGGUUCGGUUGAUCGCGGAGGAUGGAUUCGUCGACGACAUAAGGGAGGCCAAGCUUGAUCUCACAGCGAUUACUGAUUUCAGGGGGACUCACGGCUCGAGCGAUAGGGUUGAGUACAGUGAAGUGCAGGUGGAAGAUGGAGGAGAGACGACGAGGGUUUUGUUGUCGCUCGACACGAACUACGAUUUCAUCCUGACGGGGAGGAGGGCCCACCAGGAGUCGCCGUUGGUGUCGGGGCUGGUGGAGUGGGGAAAUUACUUUGAGGAAUUGGGGAUCAUCGGAGACAUAUUGGCGUCGUCGGAGAUGAAGACCAACGCGUCGGUGCUGAUCAUACAACAACAGUCCAUUGUUGAGGAUCUACAGUAGUCCAAGAUAUAUAGUGUAAUUUGAGCGAAGACUACCAGUUGCUAUAUCCAUGUCUGGGGUGGGGACAAACCCAUGCAUGCAUCUUCAAAUCAUCAUUGUUAAUUAGAGAGGUCAAUUCAAGUUUAAAAAUUAAAUUUGAGAUCC